AAGUUCAUAAUUCCCAUCAAAAAAAUUAGCAUGGGUGACAAGAAAUCAAAAUACGAAGAGAUGGAAGGAGAAAGCAUGAAGAAGAAGACGAUGAAAGGAAUUGUGGUUCUAAUGAAGAAGAAUUUGCUAGAAGUGAACGAUAUUGCAGCAUCCAUUGUGGAUAGUGUAGACGAAAUCCUGGGAAGGAAGGUGGCCCUCCAGCUCAUCACCACUGCUUCCCUCGAUCACGAUUCUGAAGAAAAUUUGAAGGGAAAACCCGGGAAGAUAGCGUACCUGGAAGACUUGAUUACCAAAAUCGGCCCUUUGACAGCAGGGGAUGCAACAUACACCGUCACGUUCGAGUGGACAAAGGAGAUGGGGAUUCCAGGGGCAUUUACGGUAACAAAUUUUCACCACAGUGAGUUCUACCUCAAGACACUCACUCUCGAAGAUAUACCUGGGCAUGGCCGAGUACAUUUCGUCUGCAACUCUUGGGUUUAUCCUGCUCAAUAUUACAAGACCGACCGUGUGUUUUUUGCUAAUCAGACAUAUCUUCCCAACCAAACACCUGCACGGCUACGUCGUUACAGAGAGGAAGAAUUGCAGAACCUGAGAGGAAACGGAACUGGAAAGCUUGAGGAAUGGGAUAGGGUUUACGACUAUGAUAUCUACAAUGAUUUAGGGGAUCCAGAUAAAAGUCCAAAGCACGUACGGUCUAUUCUAGGCGGUUCGACUGAAUAUCCAUACCCUCGUAGAGGAAGAACAGGUCGACCUCUGGCUUCAUCAGGUAACAAACAGGAUUCUUACCGACAAACUUAUUACAUGAUUUUUAAGGUUUUAUACAAACCAGAAGAAUCUCAUUAUAAACAUUUGGCAGAUCCUAAUAGCGAAAGCAGGAUACCGCUGUAUCAGAGCUUGAGUAUAUAUGUUCCAAGGGAUGAAAGGUUUAGUCACCUGAAGAUGUCGGAUUUUGUGGCGUAUGCUCUAAAGUCGAUAUUUCAGUUCCUUGCACCUGAGUUUGAGGCUCUCUUCGACAAAACUCCCGAAGAAUUUGACUCACUUGAGGACGUGCUGCAGCUCUAUGAAGGCGGAAUCAAGGUACCGAACGGAUCUUUACUGGAAAAAAUUAGCGAACACAUCCCCUUCGAAACGAUUAAGGAGUUGAUUCGAUCUGAUGGAGAAAAAUCCUUUAAAUUUCCACUGCCACAGGUUAUUAAAGAGGAUAAAACUGCUUGGAGAAGUGAUGAAGAAUUUGGUAGAGAAAUGCUGGCUGGACUCAAUCCUGUUGUUAUACGUCGCCUCCAGGAGUUUCCCCCAGCAAGCACGUUAGAUCCCGAGCUAUAUGGAAAGCAAUCCAGCACAAUCUCUGAAGAACAUAUAGUAAACAGCCUAGACGGCUUCACCAUACCCGAGGCGAUUGAGAAAAAUAAGCUGUUCAUAUUAGACCACCACGAUAACCUGAUGCCCUACCUGAGAAGGAUAAACACUACAGCAGCAAAGACUUACGCAACAAGAACGGUUCUCUUCUUGAAAAGCGAUGGAACUCUGAAGCCAUUGGCAAUUGAGCUGAGCUUGCCGCAUCCAAACGGGGAUAAAUUCGGAGCAGUAAGUUCAGUGUACACUCCAGCUGAAGAUGGGAUUGAAGGCACCGUUUGGCAGUUGGCCAAGGCUUAUGUUGCAGUGAAUGAUUCUGGCUAUCAUCAGCUCAUAUGUCACUGGUUGUACACUCAUGCAGCAAUUGAGCCAUUCAUUAUUGCCACCAAUCGGCAGCUGAGCGUACUUCACCCGAUUCAUAAGCUUUUGCAGCCUCAUUUCCGAGAUACGAUGAAUGUAAACGCAAUGGCUAGGCAAACCCUCAUAAAUGCUGGAGGGUUUCUUGAAAUUACUGUUUUUCCAGGAAAAUAUGCCUUGGAAAUGUCGUCUAGCAUUUACAAAAACUGGGCUUUCCCAGAUCAGGGACUCCCUGCAGAUCUCGUUAAGAGAGGGGUAGCAAUUGAAGACUCGAGCUCCCCACACGGAGUUCGCCUACUAAUUGAGGACUACCCCUUUGCUGUUGAUGGACUCGAGAUCUGGACAGCGAUCAAAACAUGGGUUGAGGACUACUGCAGCAUUUACUACAAGACAGAUGACAUGGUCCAGAAAGACACCGAGCUUCAGUCAUGGUGGAAAGAAGUACGAGAAAAGGGACAUGGAGACAUGAAAGACGAACCAUGGUGGCCAAAGAUGCAGACAAGGAAAGAACUGAUAGACUCGUGCACAAUCAUCGUAUGGGUGGCAUCUGCCCUUCAUGCAGCAGUGAAUUUCGGACAGUACCCUUACGGAGGCUAUCUGCCAAACCGACCAUCUACGAGCCGACAUUUCAUUCCAGACAAGGGCACACCUGAGUACGACGAACUAAAAACGGAUCCCGAAAAGGCUUUCUUGAAGACCAUCACUUCCCAACUGCAGAGCGUGCUCGGCAUUUCCCUGAUUGAAAUACUGUCGAGGCAUUCUGCCGAUGAGGUUUAUCUUGGACAGCGAGAUUCUCCUGAGUGGACAACCGAUACAGAAGCAAUUAAAGCAUUUGAAAUGUUUGGCGAAAGGCUAGUACAAAUAGAAAACAGAAUCAUCGAGAUGAACAAGGAUGGGAGAUGGAAGAACAGGUCAGGGCCAGUCAAGAUGCCUUACACAUUGCUCUGCCCCAGCAGUGAUAUUGGACUUACUGGCAGAGGAAUUCCCAACAGCAUUUCGAUGUAGAGAAAAUUACUACUAUUUAGUUUCCUUAUUUUUCUACUUGAUCUUAUAAGGAUUUGUCAAUAAAAUUAUAGUCGUAUUGCAAUAAAUGUUCCAAAGCAGCAAGCCAGCAAGUAUAUGAUACAAGAUGAUAUGUAUUUGGGCUAUGUAAUAAUAGUUGCACUAGUAGACUAGCGUCAUUUUCAAUAAGCAUGCUUUGUAGAAAUUGUCUUCAUUUUCAUGUUAAAAGAUUCAGCAUUCUUGUCUUUUAAUUUGUAACAGAAUAUCAUAUUUUUUGGUAGCUA